UUCUGGCGUAGCCGGCGCCAUUUUGCCGGAUCCCGCGACCGAGUGGGAGUGGAGUGGAGCGGCCGUUGUUGCCGACUCUUUCCUCCUCCCCACGGUCCAGUCAGCGGUCGAUUAGGCCUUCGGCCCUCAAGCCGGCACUUGUCCCUUAUUUAGUUCUGGGGAACGCCUGACCGACAUGAGUGAUAUAGAGGAGAACAACUUCGAGGGCAGAUGAGCGGCCGCGUCUCUGUUGGAACCGGCGGCGUUGCGUCUAUAAAGGCGAAAGCCUUGAGGUUGAAGGUGGGACGAGCCUAAUGAAGUGGUUAAUGUUCGUGAAGAAAUUGAAGAGUUUUUUCCAAGAAUGUGGAAGAUAAAUCAAGAUAAAAGAAGGCUAAUGAAAAGUAUUAAAGAUCAGAAAAUUAAAAUUGAAUGGGGGAAAAAAUUGAACAGAAGAUUGGUCAGAUAGAAGCCCUUGAAUAUUUUUUUUAAGGCUAUUUUGAAUUGUUUGAAUUGGGGAAGAAUACACGAAGUAUGAAAAAUGAAAAACUCAAUGAAGAAUGAAGAGAAGUAGAAAGCAAGAGUGAAGUAGAAUUAAAAGAAUCUGGAAGAAUGAAUGGGUCCUAGGAGUCUCGCUCUCAGUCAAAAUCUCCAACUGGAACACCUGCUCGUGUAAAAUCGGAGAGCAGGUCAGGAUCUCGUAGUCCAUCAAGGGUUUCCAAACACUCUGAAUCCCAUUCUCGAUCAAGAUCAAAAUCCAGGUCGAGGUCACGGAGGCAUUCUCAUAGACGUUACACUCGAUCCAGAUCCCAUUCUCACUCUCACAGGAGACGAUCUCGAAGUAGGUCAUACACACCUGAAUACCGGCGUCGGAGGAGCCGAAGUCAUUCUCCAAUGUCUAACCGGAGAAGACAUACAGGCAGCAGGGCAAAUCCAGAUCCCAACACCUGUCUUGGAGUGUUUGGCCUCAGUUUAUAUACAACAGAGAGGGAUCUUCGUGAAGUAUUUUCUCGAUAUGGACCAUUGAGUGGUGUCAAUGUGGUUUAUGAUCAGCGAACUGGAAGAUCUCGAGGAUUUGCUUUUGUUUAUUUUGAAAGGAUAGAUGACUCAAAAGAGGCUAUGGAAAGGGCAAAUGGAAUGGAGCUGGAUGGUAGAAGAAUUCGUGUGGAUUAUUCUAUUACCAAGAGAGCACACACACCCACACCAGGGAUCUACAUGGGCAGACCAACUCAUAGUGGCGGCGGCGGCGGUGGCGGCGGCGGCGGUGGCGGCGGUGGAGGAGGUGGCCGCCGGCGAGACUCUUACUAUGAUAGAGGAUAUGAUCGAGGCUAUGACAGAUAUGAAGACUAUGAUUACCGGUACAGAAGAAGAUCUCCUUCUCCUUAUUAUAGUCGCUAUAGAUCACGAUCAAGAUCUCGUUCCUACAGCCCAAGGCGUUACUGAUAAAAGGAAUAGUUGCUGUUGAAGACAUUGUCUCUUUACUUUAUUUUCAUUCUUUUUGUGUUUAGUUCUGGAUUUCCCCAAGCUUCUAAUCCUGACUGUUGCUUUUAAAAGAACCUUUAAAAAACAAUCUACACUUUGUUUAGCAUCUAUACUUUGUCAGUUGUAUUGCUGUUUCUCACCCCUUUAAUUAUACUCUUAAAUAAGAUGUAAUUGUUGUCAUUUUGUGAGUUGAAACAUCUUGAGUAAAAAAAAGGAAUGCCCAGUGUUAAGCUUUUUAAAUAAUUUUUCUUUGCUUUUAUAGAAAGUUAACGCCUGGCUAAUCAGAUGAAGAAAGAAAUGCUUUUUUUAAAGCCUCUUUUGUGUUAGAUACUGUAUUUGAUGUUGUAUUAGAGAUUGCAUUUAUGACGAACUCCUUUUUUAAACUUUCUUGGGGAAGAUAGUAACAUAUAAAGUAGUUCAGUCAUGUCAGGUUUGUUUGGGGUGGCAUGGAGCAGUCAAAUAGUUGAGUGUAGAAAAUUUGAUGCUUAUAGAAGAAAACAGUUGGUCAUUUCUUUUGAAGAAUGGGAUUUUUGAACCCUAAAAAUCAGUCAUUUUUUUAGAGAUGAAAAGCUUGUGGACUCCUACAAACAUGUUGUAUUUAGAAAAUUUGUGUUAAAAUUUACAGACUUAAAAUGUGAUUUUUGUGUUGAAUUUUUGAAGUUUAAGUAUUCCCUUAAUCAGUGAAGGAUAACUCUUAUUAUUUAUUACCUAGAGCAAUUGUAUACUUUGCUGUUAGAAAUUUCAGUAUUGGAACAAGCAGGCUGUUGUAUAGUAUGAGUCCUUAGAUGAUAACAUGUGGGGGAAAGUAGUCUUAACUUUCAAAUAAAAGUUAAUUUCUU